GUUGAUAGGACUUCUUAUGAACAAUUAAAUAAUCAUGACUGUGUGGAAAUAUUAGAAAUAAUGGUCUGGUUGACGUCGUGACGUAAAAAUGCCGUCGCAACCAGGAAGUGACGUCGCGGCGCUCCGUCAGAUUGUGUUGAUGUUUUGUGAGUGGACGGCCGGAGAACGGGAAGAGGGAAUCAGUUUGUUUUUGUUCAACUAAACCGUCGAAAAGAGGCCGAGUCGGCUUUUCUGUCGCCCGCUGCGGGUCGGUAAGAUCCUUAGGUCGGUGAUUGGAGUGGAGCGGCCAGGCCGGAGGACGAACACACCGAAACAUUUGAUCUAGAAGGGGAGGACUCGUCCCCCUCGGACCCCCUCCUCCCUCACACACAGACACCAUGACGAUCCUCCCGAAGAAGAAGCCCAGCUCUGGGGUCGGAGUCUCCGACCACGCUGAUGACAGCGACCGUCGGAGCGGCUCCGACCCGCACCAGCACCCGCACCCUCACCCACACGCAGGGCGGACCGGAGCCCGGCCGAGGGCUUCUCCUCCGCCUUGGUCCUACCAGCCCGCUCCGCCCUCCGCUCGGGACGACAGGCGGAGCAUCGAGGCGAGCUCCCGGCCGCAGCAGGCCUCUCCACCGCCCGUCGGCUCUGUGUCCCCGGUAGGGCCGGGCGACGGCCGGGACAGCACGGGCGGUAUGGUGGCCGGGCCCCGCGGAGAGCUCGUCGUGUCGGCUGGCGUCGUCGGUUGCGGCGGAGGCAUCGGCAGCUGCUGCUCCGGGCCCGGGCUCAGCAAGAGGCGGCGGCAGGCAGGCACCUGCUCCGGCGGGGUGGUGGCGGCUCUGGCCGGCGGAGGCCAGCCGGGGGGGACUGGACCGGGAGGAGUCGGGUCCAGCCAGGACACUGAGGAAGGAGCCGGGAACAACAGCGAGGACGAGUACGAGAACGCCGCCCGGCUGCAGUCCAUGGACCCGGCGACAGUGGAGCAGCAGGAGCACUGGUUCGAAAAAGCUCUAAGGGAAAAGAAAGGCUUCGUCAUCAAGAAGAUGAAGGAGGACGGAGCGUGUCUGUUCAGAGCCGUCGCUGACCAGGUGUACGGGGAUCAGGACAUGCAUGAGGUGGUGAGGAAACACUGUAUGGACUACUUGAUGAAGAACGCCGAUUAUUUCUCCAACUACGUGACGGAGGACUUCACCACAUACAUCAACAGGAAGAGGAAAAACAACUGCCACGGCAACCACAUCGAGAUGCAGGCAAUGGCCGAGAUGUACAACAGACCAGUGGAAGUGUACCAGUACAGCACAGAGCCAAUCAACACGUUCCAUGGCAUCCACCAGAACAACGACGAGCCAAUCAGAGUGAGCUACCACCGCAACAUCCACUACAACUCUGUGGUGAACCCCAACAAGGCUACGAUCGGAGUCGGACUGGGACUGCCCGCCUUCAAACCCGGGACAUGUAUUGGCACCCCUCCCCAGUACGCAGAGCAGUCAUUGAUGAAGUCGGCUAUCAAGACGUCGGAGGAGUCGUGGAUCGAGCAGCAGAUGUUGGAGGACAAGAAGAGAGCGACGGACUGGGAGGCAACCAACGAGGCCAUCGAGGAGCAGGUGGCCCGAGAGUCCUAUCUGCAGUGGCUCCAGGACCAGGAGAAACAGGCCAGACAGCCCCGUAAAGCAAGUGCCACCUGCAGCUCGGCGACAGCAGCAGCCUCCAGCGGACUCGACGAUUGGAGCGCCCGGUCGCCGCGGCAACGGGACUCGGACCCCUCCCACUCCCACUCCCACCCAGAGCUGCAGACUGCCCCACCGACCAACAACAAGCCCCCCUCUCCCGCUGGGGCCGCCCUCAUCCUGAGCAAACCUCCCUCCCCCUGCGCGCCAGGUCCCAGUAAUCAGAGUCGUCAUCACCUGGAGUACAGAGCCAUCAUGCAGGAGAUGUCCCCUACAGCGUUUGGUCUGACAGACUGGGAGGAUGAUGAGAUUCUGGCGUCGGUGCUCGCCGUUUCUCAGCAGGAGUACCUGGACAGCAUGAAACACCAGAGCGGCAGCACCAUGCACCGAGAGCGAGAGCCGUCACCUGACAGCAGCUGAUAGCCGGCCCACACACAACACCAACAACAACACACACACACACACACACACACAAAACGAUGACCUUUGACCUCCCCUCCUCCUGACCCCCCCCCCCCCCCCCCCCCCCCUCCCUCACCUCUGACCACAGAAGGAGAUCAUCGACCAGGGAAAAAAAUUAAACAAAGAAAUGCACACUCGUUUUUUUCUGCAGAUGUUUCAACUCAUCGGUUCAUCUCUCGUCUUCCUCCUCCUCUCUGUCUCCUUUCUCCCAUAAUCCUUUGCUCCUUCCAGCCAAUAGUGAUCGCCAUUACCCCCCCCUCACUCCCCUUCCCCCCCAUCAGAUGGAGCUCAGUCUUAACGCUGAUUUGGGAUCAGUUGUGAUUUAAUAUUUAAUUUGAAAUUCAUCACCAGUUUGACUUUUAAUAUUUGGUUUGUAGCAGGUUGUUAGCUCUGCGGCUAUCAGGGCCAUUGGUUUCAGUGAGGAAUGCUAAUCAGAAGUGUAGAAGCUACGUCAGCGAGCGAGAGAGCGCCACCUCAAGUCUUACCCUGUAUUUACCGCUCGCUCCCGCAGGUCUCCAGCUCUCUAACACGGCUAACGUUUACCUUCCAGCAUCGUCUGGGAAAUAAAACCUGCAGUUGCACCGCUGACCUCACCUCCUCUCUUUUUCUCCUCAUCGUCUUCCUCCUCCUCCUCCUCCUCUUCCUCACCUCUAUCAUCACCGCCAUCAUCAUCAUCAUCAUCGGACUUAUUUAGCUGCAUGUUUAAUCGACCACGACCAAUAUCAUCAUAGAGAAAAAGCGACAAAUAAAAAAAGGAGAGAUAAAAAAAAUUUUGAGAAUUGUCAUACUUAUCCUCUUAAUGAUUGAUUAUUGUUGUUAUUAUUAAUAAUAUAAGUUUGUUUUAUUUUAUUUUAUCGUUUGGGAUGAAAAGACCUUUUUUUCUUGGAAUAAAAAGAGGAAAAUGUUUCUGAAAAAAAA